AUGAGUGGUAGCGGCGUGGCGCCGGGCCCGGGCUCGGGGUCCUCCUCAGCCGCCUGUCGCUUCGCGCACUACUUCGUGCUGUGCGGGAUCGAUGCGGACAGCGGGCUAGAGCCCGACGAGCUGGCGGUUUUGUACCAAUGGCUAGAAGCAGAUCGUCAUGGCAAGAGCCAAGAUACUGCAAAUUCAACUUCAGGUGAAAAUUUUGACCAGAGUCCUUUGAGAAGAACAUUCAAAUCCAAAGUCCUGGCCCACUAUCCUCAGAACAUAGAAUGGAACCCUUUUGAUCAAGAUGCAGUGAACAUGCUGUGCAUGCCCAAAGGGCUGUCUUUCAGAACACAGGCUGACAAUAAAGAGCCUCAGUUCCACUCAUUUAUAAUUACCCGGGAAGAUGGUUCUCGCACCUAUGGUUUUGUUCUCACUUUUUAUGAAGAAGUUACAAGUAAGCAGAUCUGUACAGCUAUGCAGACACUGUACCAGAUGCACAACGCUGAGCAGUACAGCAGUGUGUAUGCUUCAUCCUCUUGCAGUAUGGACUCACUGGCAAGUAGUAUCGAUGAGGGAGAUGCGACCUCUCUUUUGAAACUCCAGCGAUACAACUCUUACGACAUCAACAGAGACACCUUGUAUGUUUCAAAAAGCAUAUGCUUGAUCACACCUCUGCCUUUCAUGCAAGCCUGCAAGAAAUUCCUCCUCCAACUUCACAAGGCAGUUACCUCACAACAGCCUCCACCCCUGCCACUCGAAAGCUACAUCCACAAUAUUCUCUACGAGGUACCCCUUCCGCCCCCCGGGAGGUCACUGAAAUUUUAUGGUGUUUAUGAACCUGUCAUCUGCCAGAGGCCUGGGCCAAAUGAACUCCCUCUUUCUGACUACCCUCUUCGAGAGGCCUGUGAGCUCCUGGGACUAGAGAACCUAGUGCAAGUGUUUACCUGUGUUCUUUUAGAAAUGCAGAUCCUUCUCUACUCACAAGAUUAUCAGCGCCUGAUGACUGUGGCAGAAGGCAUUACCACACUCUUGUUCCCCUUUCAAUGGCAGCAUGUUUAUGUACCCAUCCUCCCUGCUUCUCUGCUACAUUUUCUUGAUGCCCCUGUCCCUUAUCUGAUGGGACUUCAGUCAAAAGAAGGAACUGACCGGUCUAAAUUAGAACUUCCUCAAGAGGCUAAUCUGUGCUUCGUAGAUAUUGACAACCAUUUUAUUGAGUUGCCUGAAGAAUUUCCACAGUUCCCCAAUAAAGUGGAUUUUAUCCAAGAGCUGUCUGAAGUUCUUCUCCAAUUUGGGAUUCCUCCCGAGGGCAACCUACAUUGUAGUGAGAGUGCCACCAAAUUGAAGAAUAUGGUUCUGAAAGAUUUGGCUAAUGACAAAAAGAAUGGAAAUGUCCCCAACAACAGCGUCAGCGUGUAUGAGUUACUGAAGGGCAGUGAAACCAUAGCCCGCCUCCAGGCUCUUGCCAAGAGGACUGGAGUGACUAUGGAAAAAAUUGACCUCCCAGCUUCUCUGAAUGAAAAAGAAAAGGAUUUAAAGUUGCAGUGUGAAGAGGCAGACUUGAGGGACUACCAGCUCAAUGUACAGCUGCGAGAGGUCUUUGCUAACCGCUUUACACAGAUGUUUGCAGAUUAUGAAGCAUUUGUGAUUCAGACUGCCCAGGACAUGGAGUCCUGGCUGACCAAUCGGGAACAGAUGCAGAACUUUGACAAAGCUUCUUUCCUCUCUGACCAGCCUGAGCCUUACCUGCCAUUUCUUUCACGCUUCAUUGAAACACAGAUGUUUGCCACAUUUAUUGAUAAUAAAAUCAUGUCUCAAUGGGAAGAGAAAGACCCUCUGCUUCGGGUCUUUGAUUCUCGGAUUGAAAAGAUCAGAUUGUAUAAUGUGAGGGCACCUACCCUGAGGACAUCUAUAUAUCAGAAAUGCAGCAGUUUAAAAGAAGCAGCCCAGUCAAUUGAACAAAGACUGAUGAAAAUGGAUCACACUGCAAUCCACCCACAUCUACUUGAUAUGAAAAUUGGUCAAGGGAAAUAUGAGCAAGGGUUCUUUCCAAAGUUACAGUCCGAUGUCUUGGCAACAGGACCAGCCAAUAACAAUCGCUGGGUGAGUCGAAGUGCCACAGCUCAGCGCAGGAAAGAGCGCCUUCGCCAGAGCUCUGAACACAUUGGGCUGGACAGUGACUUACGGGAGAAAUAUAUGCAAGAGGCACGAAGUUUAGGGAAAAACCUAAGGCAACCAAAACUGUCAGAUCUCUCACCUGCUGUGAUUGCACAAACCAACUGGAAAUUUGUAGAAGGCUUACUAAAAGAAUGCAGAAUGAAGACAAAACGCAUGUUGGUAGAGAAGAUGGGACAUGAAGCAGUGGAACUGGGCCAUGGAGAAGCAAACAUUACUGGCUUGGAAGAGAACACCUUGAUCGCCAGCCUGUGUGACCUACUGGAGAGGAUAUGGAGCCAUGGCUUACAGGUCAAGCAGGGGAAGUCUGCCUUGUGGUCACAUUUGAUCCAGUUUCAGGAUAGAGAAGAGAAACAAGAACACCUCACAGACUCACCAGUUGCCCUUGGACCAGAAAGAAGAAAAUCUGACUCAGGAGUUAUGCUACCAACACUCAGAGUCUCUCUUAUUCAAGACAUGAGGCAUAUUCAGAACAUGACUGAGAUCAAGACUGACGUUGGACGGGCUCGGGCCUGGAUAAGGUUAUCCCUAGAAAAGAAGCUUUUGUCCCAGCAUCUCAAGCAGCUGCUCUCUAACCAACCACUGACCAAGAAGCUUUAUAAGCGCUAUGCUUUUCUACGUUGUGAAGAAGAAAGAGAACAGUUUCUUUACCAUCUGCUUUCCCUCAACGCUGUGGACUAUUUCUGCUUUACCAGUGUGUUCACCACUAUCAUGAUUCCUUAUAGAUCAGUGAUCAUUCCAAUUAAAAAGCUGAGCAAUGCAAUCAUUACCUCGAACCCGUGGAUCUGUGUUUCAGGAGAGCUGGGAGACACCGGAGUAAUGCAGAUUCCAAAGAACUUGCUUGAGAUGACUUUUGAGUGCCAGAACCUGGGAAAGCUCACUACAGUUCAGAUUGGCCAUGAUAACUCCGGACUGUUAGCUAAAUGGCUAGUGGAUUGUGUCAUGGUCAGAAAUGAAAUCACAGGACAUACGUACAGAUUCCCUUGUGGGCGGUGGCUGGGGAAAGGCGUCGAUGAUGGCAGCCUGGAGAGAAUUCUUAUUGGAGAAUUGAUGACAUCAGCUUCAGAUGAAGACCUGGGAAAGCAGUGUCGGACUCCACCACAGCAGAAAUCUCCCACCACAACCAGGAGACUGAGUAUUACCUCACUAACGGGAAAGCCGGCCAAACCCAAUGCUGGACAGAUCCAAGAAGGAAUUGGAGAAGCUGUGAACAAUAUUGUGAAGCAUUUUCACAAACCUGAAAAAGAGAGAGGAAGCCUCACAGGGCUCCUGUGUGGAGAAAAUGGCCUGGUUGCUGCGCUUGAACAAGUUUUCCAUCAUGGGUUCAAAUCUGCCCGAAUCUUUCACAAGAAUGUCUUCAUCUGGGACUUCGUAGAGAAAGCAGUGGGUUAUUUUGAAACCACUGACCAGAUUUUAGACAACGAAGAUGACGCGCUCAUUCAGAAACCAUCAUGCAAAACCUUCUGCCACUACGUGAAUGCUAUUAAUACUGCACCCAGAAACAUUGGGAAGGACGGCAAAUUCCAAAUUCUAGUUUGCCUGGGAACAAGGGAUCACCUGCUCCCACAGUGGAUUCCAUUGCUAGCAGAAUGUCCUGCCAUCACCCGAAUGUAUGAAGAGAAUGCACUGCUUCGAGACCACAUGACUGUCAACUCCCUUAUCCGAAUCCUGCAGACCAUUCAGGAUUUCACCAUAGUGUUGGAAGGAUCGCUAAUCAAAGGAGUGGAUGUGUAAAGCAGCCGGCAGAAACUCUUCAUCUACUCCUGGCUCCUGAAGCUUCCUCAACUAUGGGGACCAAUCUGAACCGGUCUGACCAUAGUGAGCACUGCCAGGGCAGUGCACCAGAAGCCCCAGUUUGAACAGUGUCCACUCUGCAGACAAGGCAAAGUGCUGUAUUGUAGUUCAUUUGAACCUGAAAUUUAGUAUAAAAUAGAGUAUUUUCAUGUGUUAGAAGUGUGUAAAUAUGCUAUCUUUAAGAAAUUAUAUUACUCUAAUAAGAUACUUUUCUUAGAUUGAAUAUUCCUGUGACUUAAAAUAAGUAGUUUAAAAAUGUUGGGGGCGGGGAAAGCGGUGCUAGUCAGGAAGAAGCCAGUAAAUGUGUAAAUAGUGCAACCCAGGCAGGCUUCUUUUAACCUCCAGGUCUCACAAAGGAACCAGAAUGCUUUGUUCUGAAGCAGCCAUUCCUCCUGGAGUCUCAUCCUGUGUGUGGUGAAUGUAUACAGCUUUACAUAAUGUACAGCAGUCCCCAUUGUUCCUUUUAAGUUAUAAACCAUUAAGUACAUUUGAAUUAUGAGUCAUUUUUCUAGUUUUGGGAAAGUUUUUCAGUUGGCACAAGGAAACAAUAUAAUAAAAGAAUUUUAAAGAUCAGACCCUAGCAAGGCUUGGUGGCUCACACCUUUAAUCCCAGCACUAGGGAGGCAGGUGCAGGUGCAUCUGAGUUGUAGGCCAGACAGAGCUACAUAGCAAGACCCUAUCUCAACACACACACAAAGGGGUGGGGGGGGGCAAAUACCAGAUCCCAAGAGCUUGGCUAAUUGGAAAGCAAACACAAGAAACCCUGAGAAGCAUGGGAUUUUAACUUUACUUUAGAAAGAUUAGCACUAGCCCGGAGGCUCCGUUCUUAGAAUUUCUAUUACUGUUCUUUGACUGUUAUUUGAGAUAAUGAAUUUUAGUAUCAUUCAUAUAGCCAUAACUGCAAGAAACAGUGUGACUCAGAACUUCAAACUUGGCCAUCUAAACUCUAUGACUGGAGUUAAACCACCAGCCCAGUCUUUGUUAGGUUCCAGCCACUCCCCAUCCCCCCUCUCAGGAGAUGGAAGGAAUGUGGAAGAAGGAGGAGGUCUCUGCGAUUUGGAAUGCUUUUGUGAAGGUAUUUGUUGACCGUGAUAAUGCAAAUAACAGAAGCCGAGAGAAAGAAUGAAGCCUUUCUGGGCGUUUCAGGGAAAUGUAAAGCAAUUGGCCCAGAGAAGUUAAAAGCCACUGUAGUGCAGACUGAGAAGUGAAUUUGACACACGAUUUAGGAAGCCAUGAAGCUAUACCUUUCUGGUUUGAUAGCUUAUUUAUUUUCUUAAGCUAAAUAAAUAUGUUAGCAACUACAUAAAUCUUUUAUCUUUUGGUAAGUAAGUUGUGGAACUCUAAUUAGGCACUGAUACCUUGUUAGUAGCAAAAUUGCCUCAGCAGAGCUCCAGGUUUUAUUCCCUGUUGUAGCUGAAAACCCGAGCCAUGGCCUCUCAGGAUCCAUGUGCAAUCUCAGGGCCCUGGGCUCUUGCCAGCAGUGCUGCUUUCCUUAUUUACUGGAGGAAAAGACUAAUAGAUGAAGUGCCUCGUGCCCUUUAUCAGAAACUAUUCAGCCAAGGAACGGCACCUAGUACUAUGAAGAAAAGGGUUGCUGAGGGUACAUUUGCAAACCCGUGGAAAGAAAGGUCUUAGAACAUGUCUCUAGAUGACCUGGGUAACCCAAAGGUUUGUUUACCUAAAAUAAGGGUGUUAUGAGACUAUUCUAGAGACAGAUAUACUUUGGGAAACAUCCAGACAUUAGAUACGGUCCAUCCCAGGGUUUUAUGGUAGUCUUCUCCGGCAGGGCCAUCCAGAUACUGAGCACUCUGGACUAUGAAGUCAAUAUUCCACAGCUGAGUCAUUAGUGCAGCCUCUUCAUUUUAUAGAUGAAAGUAGAACACUUAAAAAGAGAUUGUAUUGUUGCCCUCUCCCUCUUGACAACCCAGGGUUUAGAAUUUACGCUUUUUACCACAUCUGAGUGCAUGAAACCAACCUUCGAGACUUCUUACUCAGUAGCAUUUCUCCUGUUGAAUCUUCAACCACCUGUACAGAUAGGAAGCUGUAUUUCUGUGAUACUUAAUAAGGACUGAAGCUUAAGUUACAUUGUUUUGUUGUUUUGUUUUUGAAACAGGAUCUCUCUCACUGUAUAUCCCUGACUGGCCCUGGAACUCCAUUUGUAGACCAGGCUCACCUGGAACUCAGAGAUCUACCUCCUAAGUGAGGGGAUUCAUGUGAGUGCCCAGCCCAGCAAACUGUUCUCAACCUCUUAGGCAUUACAUCUAUUGCUAAAAGUGGGAGCAGAGUUGUAAUCUAGCUUGAGUUUAAAACUAUUACUUAAAAAGCAGCACCCCCCCCCCCCAAAAAAAAGUUACCUAUAAAGUUUUCUUCCAUGUGAUAUCCUUGGAUGGAAUUGUGAAAUGGCUGGUUAAAACCACCAAGCAUUGUCUCAGAGGCUAGCUAGCCUUACGCCUUGUUAUAGAAUCUAAUCAGACAGCUGGGCCUCGUGGGAGCUUCCAUAGCCCAUUCCUUUAAAUUUCCCGCUGGUGAUAAAGCUCAGCCUUACAGAAUAAAUUUAAUAUGUAGAAACACCGUAAAGACCUUAGGAUAUGGUAAAAAAAGAAAAAUGUUUCCACUGAAUUUGGGGUUACCUAUUGCAAAUGAUAAAGAAGUAAGAUUUCUCAUGUGACCUAUAACAAACUGAAUCAAUAUGAAAAGUAUAUCACGCCGUGCGGUGGUUGCGCACGCCUUUAAUCCCAGCACUUGGGAGGAAGAGGCAGGCAGAUUUCUGAGUUCCAGGACAGCCUGGUCUACAGAGUGAGUUCCAGGACAGGAAGGGCUACACAGAGAAACCCUGUCUCGAAAAAACAAAAAAAAAAAAAAGAAAAGUAUAUCACAACCAUAGCACAUUGCUCAAAACGAAUGCAUAUAACCAUACAAGCUGACUUUUUUCUUGUUUGUAUGUGUUUGUGCAAAUAAAUUUACCACAAAUACCUGGGACCAAAAUUAAUAUCCAACAUAGUAACUUUAAAAUAAAUCAUUUUAAAGCUAAAUUGGCAAGGAGCGAUGGCUAAGCAGUUAAGAGCACUGGCUGUUCUCGAAGAGGACCCAGGUUCAGUGGCCAGCACCCACAUGGUGGCUCACACCCACCUGUUACUACAGUUCCAAAGGAUCUGACAUGCUCUUCUAACCUCCUUGGGCACCCAGCAUAGUGAACAUACAUACAUGUAGGCAAAACACUCACAAAAUAAAUCUUUUUUUUAAAAGUAUUAUUAAAUGUGCAGUGGUUAAGGGUGUUGCUCAGUGGUAGGGUGCCUGUGUAGCACGUACAAACCCCUGGGUUCUGUCCUCAGCAGGCACAAAUAAAAUUGCCAAAAUUUUAACUUCUUCAAAAGCUUACUCUCCAAGUAUUUUUUUUGAAUACUAAAAUCUCUAAUCUUAACCUUCAUGUCACCUUUCCGGUGGCCUUACAGUGGCUUGUGUAUUAUAUAUGAGAAGCUCUUCAUGCUUUAGGAGGAAAGUACCUUAGUACCUCACAGUGACUGAGCUUCUCCAUGUGAGGUGGAGUUGUGAGUCAGAAAGCAGGCUGCCAGAAACAAGUGAAGACCCCUCACCUGGCCCUGUUUCCCACUGGGAAUGAAAAUCUGAUAGAGGAAACCUAAAAUUUGCAACGGUUGAAUUUCAUCUGAAAUUUAUUUUAAACGUUCGUAUCUAUUGUACACCCUUUCUAGCUCUGUGGGAUUUAUUUAACAUGACUUUUUAAAAUUUUGUUUUGAUGAACUUCUAUAACACUGUAUGAGUAAUAAAAUUUGCUUCUUCCUUUUCUGACAAUAAGCACAUGUAUAAAUGUAAUGAAAAGCAGGUUAAGAUUACAUAGCACCUUGUGUCUAACGUGUGUCAAUAUCUCCCAAAUAGGAAGUAGUAGACAAGGCCAUCAGAUCCCCAGGGAAAUAUUUGACAGCAUUGAGAAUAGAGUUCUUUAUAAUGUGAAAUAUCUUCUAAGAAUAAUGGCUCUUCAAUAGAGUAUUCAUUUAGGAAAUUGUGUUUUCUCUGAAGUUUACAGAAGCUGGUCUACUCUUUUCAUGGUGUUGAAAGGGCAUUCUGAACUUAUAUAUUUCAGUAUUAACACACCUUUAUUGAUUGACAAUGGAGCACUCUACUGCUUUAAUAGAGUCUAAGCCUCUGUGUCUUUUGUUUGUUUGGUUUUGGUUUUUUUAAGGAGGAGUCUUUUUACAUAACUUUAGCUAAUCUAGAAUUCACUCUGCAGACCUACCAGGCUGGCCUUGAACUCACAGACAUCCACCUGCCUCUACCUCCCAAGUGCUGGAAUCAAAGGCAUGUACCACCACACCUGGCAAGCAUCUGUGUCUUUAGAAAUCUUUGUUUCUUAAUGUAACUUUUUUGCAUUAUCAUUUAGUAUAACUGGGAGACAAAAAGAAAGUAACUUAUGUCCCUAAUUUUUAUACAUAUACAAAUUUGCUGGAUCACAUGGACAGUUAAGCUUUUUAAAGAGGUUUGCUUUUGCUGUGUGAUAAUAGGAAUCCAAGGAGGGGCUAGAGUGGAGCUCGGUGUUACCUGUGCCCAACAUACUUACACAAGGCCCUGAGCAGCACCCCAGCAAGAGAGAAUAAACUCAAGGAUGAUUAUAGCUCCCCCAAAUCUGAUAUCUCUCUCUCUCCCUCUCCCUCUCCCUCUCUCUCUCAAUGAUAAGAUCAAAAAUUAAUUUCAGGAAGACACACUGAGAUGUUCAUAUUUAUAUCAGACUGAAGAAAAGUUCAUCAAAUAAACUUCCCCCCUCUUUGAGAGGGUUCUGCAAUAUCCUUAGCUAUUUAGGAAGUAGCCAUGCUUGGUCCAAUUACUUGUGGGUUGGAUCCACAAUUACUUGUGGGUUGGAUGCAUUUUAAACAAAUAUUGACAUGGAUAAUAAGGUGUUUCUGUUGUCAGUCAAAUGAGGGUGUAAAACAGAAAACACUCUUAUGCUACACUUGAGCCACAUAGAAAGAUAGCCUAUGUUUUUGUUGUUGUUGUUGGUUUUGUUUUUAAUUAUUAUUUCUGCAUUUAAAUUAUACAGUUUUCCUUUGUAUUAUUAACAAUGUAUGUCAGAACUGGAGUUUUCUCCCCUACCCCAUCGGAACAUAAUAUAAAAUCUGAAGAGUAUUGUGACGUUAAGCACUUUAACAUAUCAGACAAACUGACAUGGGUUUUCAGGUUUUGGAGUACAUUUAAAUAUGACUUUUCAUGCUUUGUUCUUUACAAAUAAAACUGUGGGGUUGAUA